CAUUUGAAAGAUGAGCCUAUAGAUGAUUAUGUAAAUAAUAAUUCCAAAGGUGAAUCAGAAGAUUAUUAUUAUGAACAACAGAAUGUCCAAGAUGCAUCAGAUCAAUUGACAUAUAAUUAUUCUUUAGAACAAGAUGCAUCAGGUCAAUUGACAUAUAAUUAUGCUUUAGAACAAGAUGCAUCAGGUCAAUGGACAUAUAAUUAUGCUUUAGAACAAGAUGCAUCAGAUCAAUGGACAUAUAAUUAUGCUUUAGAACAAGAUGUACAAAAUGAAGAAGAGUAUUAUGAUAGAAGUGGAUAUGUGAAGGAUGUUGAUUCAGAAAAGGGUGAUACUGAACAUCUGAAUGACGUAUCUACAGAUAACAAUACAAGUACUAAUUUGAAAGAUGAACCUAUAGAUGACGAUACAGAUAAACGUUUAAAAGAUGAACCUAUAGAUGACGAUACAGAUAAACGUUUAAAAGAUGAACCUAUAGAUGACGAUAGAAAUCAACUUUUAAAAGAUGAACCUGUAGAUAACGAUACAGAUAAACGUUUAAAAGAUGAACCUGUAGAUGACGAUACAGAUAAACGUUUAAAGGAUGAACCUGUAUAUGACGAUACAGAUAAACGUUUAAAAGAUGAACCAAUUGAUAUCGAUAAAACAAAUUUUAAAAAGGGUUUACAUGAACAACAAAUUAAUCCAUGGACUACAACAUUAGCAGAUCUAAAAAAUACUAAUAAUAGUGUGAAUAUAGAAAAAAAAAAUAAAACUAAUGAACAAGUAAAAAAUACGAAAAGUAAAUCAUCUAAUAUUAUAAAACCUUCUAAGUUUAAUAAAGAGAAUCUUUUUGAUCAAAGACUUCAAAGUAUUGAAGGAAAAAAUUUUUUGGAAGGAAGAAGCCAAAAUUUAGAAGGAAGAAGAAAUUUUGAUGAUAGAAUUCAAAGUGUAGAAGGAAGAAGACAUUUUGAUGAAAGGAAUCAGAACAUUAUGGAUAGAAGAAACUUUGAUGAACGAAAUGAACAGAUUAAUGAAAGAAGAAAUUUUGAUGAACGAAAUGAACAGGUUAAUGACAGAAGAAACUUUGAUGAAAGAAAUGAACAGAUUAAUGACAGAAGAAAUUUUGAUGAAAGAAAUGAACAUGUUAAUGAUAGAAGGAACUUUGAUGAAAGAAAUGAACAUGUUAAUGAUAGGAGGAACUUUGAUGAGAGGAACCAAAAUGUAAUGGAUAGAAGAAACUUUGAUGAGAGGAACCAAAAUGUAAUGGAUAGAAGAAACUUUGAUGAGAGGAAUCAAAAUGUAAUGGAUAGAAGAAACUUUGAUGAGAGAGACCAGAACGUUAUGGAUAGAAGAAACUUUGAUGAUAGAAAUCAACAGGUUAAUGAUAGAAGAAAUUUUGAUGAGAGGAACCAAAACGUUAAUGAUAGAAGAAAUUUUGAUGACAGAAAUCAACAGGUUAAUGACAGAAGGAACUUUGAUGAGAGGAAUCAAAAUGUAAUGGAUAGAAGAAACUUUGAUGAUAGAAAUCAACAAAUUAAUGACAGAAGAAAUUUUGAUGAGAGGAACCAAAACGUGAAUGAUAGAAGAAAUUUUGAUGACAGAAACCAACAUGUUAAUGACAGAAGAAAUUUUGAUGACAGAAACGAACAAAUUAAUGAGAGAAGAAAUUUCGAUGAGAGAUAUCAAAAUGUUAAUGAGAGAAGAAAUUUCGAUGAGAGAUAUCAAAAUGUUAAUGAGAGGAGAAAUUUUGAUGAGAGAUAUCAAAAUGUUAAUGAGAGACGACAUUUUGAUCAAAGGGAUCCAAAUAUAGAAGAGCGAAAAUUUUUUGAUCCAAGAAAUCCGAAUGGUCCAGAUGUAAGGUUUCCACAUCCUCAGUGGGGUCCAGGAAUGAUGUAUGGAAGACCAUAUUAUCAUUGGGUUCCAUAUAUGGGUGAUGGAAGAGGUCCAACUUUUUGGAAUCCUCAUCAACAUAUGGCAUAUGGAAGACCACCACCCCCCUAUUAUUGGGUACCUCCACAAGCAUUAGAUUAUGUAAAAGGAGGUAAUCCAAUGGAACAGAGAAGAGAAGAAGAAAGGGGAUAUAUGGGAGGAAGAGGUAGUAGUAGAUACCCCGAAGAGGAAAGAUAUAAUUAUAAUAACCAAAGAAGUAGUAAUAAUAGUAUACCUGAAGGAAGAAAUUAUGAAGAGAAUGCAUAUGAAAGAGGAGGUCAUAAUAAAUGGGAUUUUCGAAAUAUAUAUGAUAGAUUAAGAGAUGAAGAUGAAAAUGCUUAUGAACAACCUAGUAGUACAUCUGCGAAUAGAGGAAGAGGUAAUGAAAGAUAUCCUCAAUCAAGAGAUAGAAGAGAAGAAAGAUAUAACUAUGGUAAUGAUUAUUAUAAUAGAGGAAAUGAAAGAACAUCUAAUAAUACAAAUGUUAGAAGUAGUAGUACAAGUAGUGGAAAUAGAGAAUUAAUGCCUUACAAAAAGGAGGUAUUACCGUUUGGUGUUAGUAAUUCAGAAUUAGAAGAUACUUUAACAGAAGAAGAAUUAAAUGAAAGAAUAAGAAGAUUAGAUUUAACUGUAUCUGUUAAAGAUAUGUUUAUAUUAUGGAAUCAUAUACUUGCACAUGAAAGAAAAAAAUAUACAAAAAUGCAAGAAUAUUUAAUGUAUUAUAGUCAAUAUUUAGAAAAAACAUAUCAUGUUCCUACAGCUUUUAGAAAAAAAUAUUGGUGGAGGGUACAUUAUAUUUUGACAGAAGAAAUAGUUAAGAGAGAAAGAGCUGAUAAUUUAGAUUUCCAUAAGUUCUUACGUAAAGGAUGUUGUGAAAAACGUGAAUUUAUAUAUUUUAUUAAUUCUAAAAGAAAAGGAUGGGCGGAUCUAACGGAUACAAUGAAAAGUAUAUGGAUGGAAAGAUUGACUUAUAAAAUGAGAAAAUAUAGUGGAGUAUAA